AUGGGAGAGUUCGUGGAGCUCCGUAUCGAGAAGCUCGUCCCCUUCUUCGAGCAGCUCAAGAAUGUCGAGAUUUUGAAGGACGAAGAGGUGAAUGAGCUCGUCAAGCGAUGCCGCCGCUACGAAUAUCGUAUCGGGAAAAAGCAAAAAACCGAAGCCGACUAUCUGGUGUACGUCGACUACCUGAAGGACCUUAUGUCCCUCGUGAAGAAACGGAGGAAGAAGCUAGAUUACAUGCAUCGCUACAAAGAUAUCGACGGGGCGCUUGCCACAAAAAUCGGCGGUCUCUAUUACGCAUGUGCCCACAGAUUUGCGGGGAAUCUUCCCUUGUGGAAUAGCUGCCUGGAUUUUCUGACCCAGUACAAACUCAAUGGAGUUUGCAGCAAGGCGUUCACGGUGGCUUUGCAGUUCAAUUCAUCGAAUGUGCCGCUGCGUUGCAGAUCAGCCGUCUGGGAAUUGACGGGGAAUAGCUCGAUCGACAACGCCCGUACGCAAUUGCAACAAGCCAUCCGGGGAGACGCACAGGAAAUCGAGUUUUGGAUCACAUUGCUGAAAGUCGAGAUACUCUAUGUGGAUCGGAUUAAGACUCGACUGGAGUUUUUGAAGCGACGCGGGGCUAGAAAGACGACGGCAGAAGAGGAAAAAGAUAUGGAGGAAGAAUUGAACAAAGCCCCGGAAGAAGUUAGCGAUGCAGUGCUGGACCUUGAAGUUGCCGAAAUUGUCCUCAAACAAUCGUUGAAACAAGUUCAGGAUCCGAGUCGGAGAGCGGAAAUGCUGUACAGAAUGUGGCAGACUUGCCGAGAGAUUGGCCCAUCAGCGGCGAAAAUUGAGGCCAAGGUUUUUGAGAGAAUAAAUGAGCUGGAGGCUCCAGGCGAGAAGGAAUUUAAACUGUUGGCUAAGGCCGAGGCUGAAGCGGUGGCCGAAGAGAAGGAUCUCUACGAUACCUAUGAAGACAUUUUGAAAGAAUGCCAUUCCGAGCAGAUGUAUCGCAAGUUGCUGCAAAUCUUUGGCGCGGCAGGAGAGGAGAGAGCGCUUGCGGUGGAACGGCUCCGCGAAGGCAUGAUCAAAGCUGGAUACGCGUCAAUGGGCGACAUUCAACAGACGCUAGAAAAUCUGGAUGAGACUGACAGCUCGCAUGUUGCGCGGAUUAUCGACAUUGCGAAGCUGGGCCUUGAGAAAACGCCUUGCGAUGCGAAGCUCUGGGAGGCGCGGAUCGAAGCCGAGAUCACGCAGCUCGAGCGGGGCCCGAAGCGCCGGAGCCAAGACAAAGUUGAGCCCGCCAUAAUGUCCCUCUUCGACGAGGCUUUCCAAAAGGUCCGCUUGCACGAACAGUUGCCCAUCUGGAGGCUGGCUAUUGAUUUUGCUGUAGAGCAUUUUCCAGCGACAGUCGAUAACUUAUUCGCCCAAUGCUUCAAAGCAGCCGAUGCGAGCGUUGCGUCGGAAAUGAAGGUUGCCCGGCUUGAAUACCUCGAUGCCGCACAAGACUCCGAAUUGUUCCGAAAUGAAGCUAGACGCUUGAUGGACAUGAAGCCAAAUAGCACCUCGGUCUACGAGGCGGUAGCAAAAUUGGAAAGCAAGCGAGCGCCCGAUUUCGACAAAGCGCUUGUGGAAACCUCAUGGAAGGCGGCCAUCAAUGAAAACGAUAAGGACCCUGAGGCCUGGCUCGGAUACCUGAAGUUUCUCCUGACGCACCGACCUGAAGGCGUGGCGGACGUGCACAAGCGUGCAAAGCUGAACCUCGAUGGCUCCGCAGCAGAGCAGCUGGCGACGGGCUGGAUGAAGGCGCUCGUCGAUUUGUCGAACAAACAGGAACCAAUGUCUCACAAUGCUUGGCCCCAUCAAAGGCCAGCCGUCCCGGCCCCACGACCAAUUGCGCCGCACUGUUCACAGGAAUCCGCAAUUGUGCACGACGCGCUCAGCAAAGCCAUUGCGCAACGUCAGAACAUUCCGCCAGGCUAUGAGAACGAGCAGCGGUUUCUACGACAUCAUUCAAUUUUGGAAAGAGUGAAUGAAGCCUUCCACGAGCACCCUCUACCCGAGAAGCCUCCACAUUUGGUGGGAAGUGGUCGAACGAUAAAACAGCUGAUCAUGAUCCCCUUCAACCAUCAACCGCUUGACAUCAUGGCGCACCGCGUCGGCAAUACAAUUUACGUCGACCAAGUGAAACGCCCGAAUCAGGGCAAUAAUCAAUCCAGUUCCUCGCAACAAUGGGAAAGCUCGGGUGUGAAUAUCCGAGACGAAUUGGCGAGGACCUUUGUCGAGUCGUCGUAUUCUAAUGUGGAUGAGCCGACGACAAAGAUCUGGGAGGGGCUCUCGGAGUCGAAUGAUGAAAUGUGGGAUCUAUCAAAUGCGGUCUCGGUAAUGAACGUCUACCCGUCGUUGCGCUCAAGUAAUACGUCGCUGAAUGUCCACGAAACAUGGACGCGCCCGAAAUCGCUGACGUAUAAAAUCUCUACAGACACGGGCUCCUCGAUGCAUGUCUGGGAAUUUUCGAAUCUUCGGAUGCUCGUCGACCACGAGAUUCCGGUGCUGAGCGGCGAGAAUUUCCCCUCAAUUUCUAUUCGAGCAGACCAAGAGCUUCCUAUCUCAAUUCUGACUGGAGUGGAUAUGUGGUUGGAUCAGAUGAUCAAAGGACUCGACGGGGUUGUCGUCAUUCACCAAGGAAAAGGCAGCAGAAAGGUUUGUAUAUAUUUU